AUGGAUGAGGGCGGUCAGCUCGAGACCAGCGGACUUGGUGGUAAUGGCCCUGGAUGGUCGCCAGUAACCCCCAAUGCAAAUCGCCGAGCUGUUCGCUGCGAUAGAGAGUCGCCUUGCUCCCACUGCAUCAGCGCCAAAGUUGUUUGUAUCUACACUCCUGUCCAACCCCCAAAGAAGCGCACGCGCAUUCUCCUCACUCCCCAAUAUGAACGAAAGAUAGACCUCAUCGACAGCAGGCUCGAAAAGGCAAUCAGGCUUUUGGAAAAGCUCCAAGCGAGCGAGUUGUCCGACGGCAGCUCUCGGCCACCCGGAAAUUCACAAAUCUCUACCCAGACACCCCUCUCUGUCUCAACGCCAGCCAGCGACUCAACCCAAACGAAAUGGGCUCAUGGGCAGGUGGUCGAGGGAGACUCCUCUUUAGCCGCCCACUCUGCCUUUGCCAACGAGUUCUUACAGAAAGUAGUCGCCACCAAUUCCCUUCAAGCUUCCAGCCCAGAAUUAUGUGACACUCUUGAUGAGCUGUCUUCUAUCCUAACGCAGGGAGAUGGUGCAGGUGAUGAGCUAGCGUACCCGCAUGCCAGGCCCAUUCAGCGGGCCAAUCUCCCAGGGUAUGAGAUGCCUCCCCUAAAGAAGGCCAUUGCUUUGAUUCGUAUGGCAAAAGCCAAACAGCUCGUGGGGAGCGGCUGGAUCUAUGAGUUCCUUCCAUUCCAACGAUUCACAGACAUGUGUCUUGACGUCUACUUCAAUGACAAUCACUCUGAAGCUAACUUUAUCACUGUCAACGCUGGCCUUUACUCGCUAUUCUGGGACUACAGUUUCCAGGUCGUCCCACAGGAAAAGGACGAAUGCAUCACCCAUGCUCACUUGUGUCGCGACAACCUUGAGACUGUUUUAUCAAACCUGCCAUUGCAUUUAUCUGCGACUUCUGACACGAUUCUUGCUCUCCUUUUUGGCGCUUUCUAUGCUAUCGAGCUCUCAAAGCCUUCUCUUUCAUGGACCUUGUCAGCAAAAGGAUCAGAACUCUGCCAGACCUUGGGCUAUCACAGGCUUGCGUCGGUGAAAAAUGACAAACAGGAAGAUUUCCAAUACAAACAGUUUCUGUUUUGGAGCAUCUACUUCAUUGACAAGAGCCUGUCUCUGCGGCUGGGGCGACCCUCGACAAUACCUGACUGGGAUAUCACGGUACCACGGCCAUCAACCAAUGAUUCUCAUUCUGAGCCGGUUUUAGCAUACUUUGUACUAUCGAUCGAGACGGCGCGAUGUCAGGGCAAUAUUUACGAGAUGCUGUAUAGCCCCAAUUCCAUGACACAGCCCGACCAGGUAAAGCAGUCUCGGGUCGAGGCUUUGGUGUCUGAUCUACGCAACUUGGAGGCGAAGACUUGGGAAACCAAUACGAAAUGGUUUGAAGAAGCAAAGGAGCAGUCUGGGGAGGAUUUGAUCAACUUCUUCUACAUUUCAGAAAAUGUCCUCCGUCUGUCCCUCCUAACCCUUGUUCAUCGAGCCGCUCCACCCCUGCCUGGCUCUGUCACAACAUUCAACUACAGCUGUAUUGCCGCCGCGAGAGCCACCUUGGAGAAACACGAAGAAUGCAUAGCACUCAUGCACAAGAGCGCAACAUCCUACCUCGCGACUUACAUGCAUUGGACACUUCUAUUCGCCCCCUUUAUUCCAUUCAUCGUCAUAUUCUGUCAUGUUAUCGAAACCCAAGAUGAGGCGGAUCUAGCCCGCCUCCAAGCCUUCGUUACUUCUAUUCAGUCUGCCUCUUCUAUUUCUGGCCCCGCCGCCAAACUGCACCGCCUGUUUCAGGUUCUCUGCAGAAUUGCUAUGGGUUAUGUGAAGUUCCGUUUUUCGGCAACGCCAUUGGACGGGUGGCAGGACAGCUCAAAGAUAGACACUUAUCUGGACGCGCUAGGAUUCUCCUCCGCCAGUGCAUGCAUUCCUGGCCGACAGCAUCACCUUAUUCCUCAGCAUGAUAGUAGCAAUAGGGAGGCGGAAACCAACGAUGCAAGAACUAGUGCAGACGCGAAGAACGAUGAACUUCGAGUUAUGAAUCCGAUGAUGUGGAUGGCAAACAGCGCAGAGUUGGAGGAAUGGCUUGAAAACAACGAGGUCAUGACAGGGUCGAUUUAG